ACAUAAAGUGAGGUUGGUUUCCAUGACCAUAUCGACUGAACGUAUUUUCUGACGCAUUCUCUCAAUUUUGUGCAAUGUUUUGUUUAAUUAGCACAUUCCAUCACCCAUGGAGUCACCAUAAAUGCGUGAAAUAGAGCGUGCAUGGCUAUCGCAAAUACUUGGAAUGUUUUCUGCGGUUUUGUUUUGAGAACGAUGCGAAUAAGGCUUAAAGUUAACGGAGAGAAAUUAGACUGGUGAACGAUAAUUGAACCAAUUUCGUGAAAAGAUAUUACCACGUACAACUUGCAAAACACUGUCACUACAGCCAUGACAGCAACAGAGCGCAGUGCCAUAUCACAUAGUCCAUGUUCAUAAGCCAGAAUUGAACUCAUCACACAAGUCCACACAUCCCAGUGCAGUUGACAAGAUUGGUGCCAGCAUGCAAGGGGUUGCAUUGGUAAGUGGUAAACAUGUAAACAACAGCACCCAACAAGAGAGGGAGAAAUUCACGAGUCUGUUAUCUGCAGUUCUGCGAUGGAUGCCGAACCGAAGACGCUAAACAAGCAAACCUUAACACCCUGGAAGGAUGCUGCUGACCCGCCACCCCACCAGGCCGUAUCCAACGGCAACAGUAACGGCGUCAGUGGCGAAUUCACCAAAGACGAAUUUGCCGAAGAUCUGCAUUCCAACGAAACCCCAAAUACAGCAUUCGACGAUGGAGGCAGCUCAAAUAAAUCUACUAAACGAGAAAUUUCAACCAGUAUUGAUGAGACACAUUGGAAUAUACCAGACGAUGCUUCCGACUGGCCGGUAAUGUCCAACGGUAAUCAUGACGAUCUGUCGCCUGAUGGGACAGUUUCUACGUCAGCGUGGGGGGACGGCCCCACGACCCACACACCAGCCUUGGACAUCCAUGAGGCCUCACAGCAGACUCCAUCCAGUCCAACGAUACCUCAACCAAGUUCAGGAUCGGAACUAACAGCAAACCCAUUUGGGCCGAGUACUGACAUGUUUGGAGCGGGCUUCACGGAUAAUUUCUGUGAGAUGUCGGAGACUGAUUUGAUUUUCAGAUCCGGUCUGGUAGACGAAGAAUUCAAGACUAUAUCAGUGACUGCUGAGGAGGAUGACCUUUGGUCAUCAUUUGCUCAGCCAAGUGAAUCAGAGUCCCUGGCCAAUCAGAGUGCAGCAUCAGCAUCAUGGGAUCCCUUCCCAGCCAAUCAGGAGCCACCAAAUACAGACCAAGUACCAGUGCAGAGUCAACCAGAUCCUAGUGGAAAUCUUCCCAAUCAAAUUGGACAAUCGUCGACUUCUGAAAAUCAUAACAAAAUUUCUGUGGAUGUGCCAGCCCCACGGCCACAAGUGCUAAAUAUUUUGCAAUCGGUUACCAGUCAGCAUUCCAGUGCAACAGCAUUAUCUCCUGAGGAGGAUACCAGUAUUCAAAUUAACCAGCAUCGGGCCAAUGAGAUUGUGCAUUAUGAGAGUGAGGCUAAGAAACCGUCCAAUGAAAUCGCAGCAUCUAGUCCGAAACCACAGAGUCAAUUGAACAUCAAACAAUUGUUGAAGGAUUCAGCAUUCAAAGAGAUAAUCCUGGAUGAGUCUUGGAUGGCAGAGAAAGACUGUCUUGAGUCUAAGGCAUUCACCGUUGACCUAAGCCACAGAUCAGCCAAUCAGGACACACAAGACCCAGCAACCAGCAUGGAUCUCCUCUCAGACCAACCCAUCCCAAACACUGAAUGCCAACCGGACACUCUGAACGGUCAGCACACCUCGACCAAAACUGCCACUGCUGACCUUAACGCCAACAUGGCAACCAACGGAGGACCACAGGAUCUUCUUGUUGACUUUGGAGAUACUGAUGGUCUAGAUGGAAAAAUUGUUGUCGCCCCUCCGCCUGAGUUUGACAACAACUUUGACCCAUUGUUGGAUAAUGCAGAGGGUAACAGCAACAUGGUUUCUCUGAACUCAGAGCUAAGUAAUGGAGACUUGUUGAUAUCCAUUGGGAAUCCUCAAGAGAAUGGGGAUCAGGGGAAUCCUGAUAAGGAAACCGAUCAAGGACGAACUGCCAGUGAUCUGGACAAGCUCCUAAACGACCUAGGAGAUGGUACAGUGAUUGAUGAAGACAAAGACACCUGCAAGGAAAGAACUUCAAGCGAUGUGGAUAGAUUUCUGAACCAAUUAGGAGAUGGCACAGCUAUCGAUGAGAUUGAAGAGACCAGCCAAGAACAGGCUCCAGAUGAUGGGGAUAGUCUUCCAAGUGACUUGGGAGAUGCUCGAGUGGUAGACAAGGAGAUCACAGAGCCUAGCCAGGAACAGGCUCCAGCUAAUGGGAAUAGUCUUCCAAGUGACUUGGGAAAUGCUCGCGUGGUAGACAAGGAGAUCACAGAGCCUAGCAAGGAACAGGCUCCAGCUAAUGGGGAUAGUCUUCCAAGUGACUUGGGAGAUGCUGGAGUGGUAGACAAGGAGAUCACAGAGCCUAGCCAGGAACUGGCUCCAGCUGACGGGGAUAGUCUUCCAAAUUACUUGGGAGAUGCUGGAGUGGUACAAAACAUAGAGAGCAACAACAGGGCACGGACACCAAGCGACAUGGAUAGGUUCCUGAAUGACUUGGGAGAUGGUACAGUCAUUGAUGAUGAGGAUAAGAGAGUUGAGAAGGGGCAAACUCCUAGCGACAUAGACAGAUUUCUGAAUGAGCUAGGAGAUGGUACAGUGAUAGAUGAAGCAAAUGAUUCCUUGGCAGCAGAUGGAGUCAGAGAUCUAGACACCUUGAAAGCUUCAGAACAGGAGGAUGUUCAUAACCUGGAGAAGCCAGAAAAGCUUACCAAGCCAGAAGAAAAAUCAGCUCACGGUACGAACAAGGCCUGGGAUCAGAUGGUUAGAGAAGGCAGUAUUACUAUGCAGGAGAGUGCCCCCAAGCAUUCAAGUAACACGAAUGGCACUCUCUCUUCCCCACCAGACACUGUCCAAGAUAUAGGUGAUCCAACUAAUGCCCUUUCAAAAACUGAAGGUGAGGUCGUUAAAAGUGAUGCCAAGAAUACGGAGGCAGAGCCUGCGGUCAGUCAAACAGACACCAAACUUGAUUUGAAUGCCAAACGGCGAAGCUUUUUCGGAGGAGACUCCAAUGCCGGAGAUUCUUCCUUCCAGCCGACAAUUCCCAAACAGCCCUCUCCAUCUGCACCAAUAUCUUCGAUGAGUAUCUCCUUGGCUCUACCAUCAGUGCGGGUUCUUCCCAAAGUGCAGACAGCCUACCAAAGGCCGGGAAGCUUAUAUGAAACAAAGCCUAGAGCAGCCACUGACAGUUUCCUGUCGUCACAUGCUUUGCUUGGACUUGGUGGAGAUCAGACCAUAUCUGCAGAUACCAAAUCCCGGAGUGCUAGUGAGCCACCAAUCAGCACCUUUACAAUAGCAGCUGAUCAGCCAUCAGAAGAAGCCGUCACAUCUCCCAGGUCAAAAGAUCCUAGCGUUGCCAACAAGUCAACACAGUUCAUCCGAGCCCUGUACGGACCCAAACCAGGGAGCAAGUCUUCUGAGCAGGUUGACGAGGACGGCAAGACGUUGUUUGAGUAUGAGCAGGAGAGGAGAAAUGUUAUGGCAGCCAUGAAGGUCAAGAGGAAAAAGAAAAUCAGCUGGCAAGGAAGCAGCAUCCAGUCAGAUGAUCUGACCUCACCAGAGAGUGAGGGACCCUUGUCACCAACUGGAAAGAGCAGCGACAUCAAGCAGGAACCACCUGUACGAAGUCCAGUUUCCCCAGGCUCAACCUCUUGGGGAAAUGUCAGUAAUUCAGCCCCGAAACUAAUACCAGAACCUUGCAAGCCAACACCACAGACAGUUGAGAAACCCUUGAAUGUAGCAAAACAAGAUGCCAUUGUCCCUGAAGUAAAGACACAAACUUUACAAGAGAAACCUCCAAAUAUUCAUGCCAAGAGUGCUUCUCCAGUUAAGGUCGAUUUAGAGAGAUCCCCGAUAACUUCAGAAGAUAAAAAGAGCGACAGUGAAGUUGCUCCAAAAAAGAUAAACACAUCACUUCAGAGUGUGCCUUCAACUCAAGAAAUCCAGUCAAAAAUAACUGGAGCCUCAUCAGAAUCAUCAGAUGCAUCAAAGGCAGGGCCUGCUGGAAGUCAAGAGGGCAACGAUGAAGCUCACAUUGAUUUAAAGAAGGUGCGUAAUCUCUGGGAGCAAAAAAUUAACGUGGCGCCUUCGAUGGAACUAGAGAAUCGCCGAGAGAAGAAGGAUGUUUUCGAUCCCAGAAGGAUGUUUUCUCUUGAGAUGAAAGACGAAGAUGCACCCAGGGAGGAACCAACUGCUAAGGAAACAAAACCCAAAGAGGAAGUGAGGAUAGAGACUCCUUUGGACGAUGAUUCAACUGAUAUCAUGCCAAAAGAUCUGGAUGAUGAAUAUGAUCACUGUGAGUCCUUCACCUAUGAUGUCACUCCACAGCGCAAAGUUGCCAUACAGAGCCACCGUACCUCAGAGAGUAUCAUCACACGGGAGAUCAGGCAGCAAAAGGAACGAGAACAAGAACUGCUAAAAGAGGGACGCCUGAAAAGUAGCUCAGACAUGGAAGAUGUUGAAAAGGAAGACUCACAAGUGCAGCUCAUCAAACAAGAAUCAUUCUUUGAGCAAGAAAAUAGACUGAGCAAGAAUCAUGCUGAGGGUAAUGUUGAAGAGCUUCCACGAACACCGAAAAUAGCUGAAAGCAGAGGGUCCAGCAUCAAGAGUCCUCGCAACCAAUCUGGUAGAGUCUCUCCAAGACAGGCAGAAUUACAAGACAUGAAGCUGGUUGAGCCUGAAGUUACACAGAAGGUAGAAGAGACUCAACAAAGAGGUCCGAGCCCAGAGCCCACAGUUGUCAUCAUUGACAAAGAUGAGAGCAAGACAGACACUCCUAUAAGCAAGGAAGAGCCGAGGCGGAAGGAGUCCAUCAUCCAGCGCGAGAUCCGAUUGCAGAAAGAGCGAGAAGGGGAGAAUGCGCUGGAGCGUCAGAGAGCAUUGGAAGAGACCAGAGCCCGCCAUGCAAGUGGGGAGGGUAGUUCUCAUAGUUCAUCUGGUCGCUCAACACCCAUAAAAGGCCUUCAAAGUCCCACUUUACAGAGCUCAUCAUUUACAUCAAUCAAAGCAGCAUCCACGCCUGCUGGACCUAAGACUGUCCCAAUCAAACCUGCCUUAACACCUGCAACUCCAAAGAAAGCCAAUAAUGCACCCAUGACCUCAAAACUGCCAGACAAGUCCCCUGUGGUUAGGUUUGGCCUCAGCUCCAUGCAGGCUGAACCCUACAACAGCUACCGGGAGUACCAGAAAAUGCUACGGGGAAGAAAAACUAGCGAGAAGAGCGAUGAUAAACCUGGACCAAUGAAGGCCACAGAGGGCAGUGUUACAGUAAAACAACCACCUGUGACUGUUGUCUUUAAGGAGAGUGCUGCAAAAGAGUCAACGCAGCAAAGACCCCCUUCACCAGUCGUGGUUAGACCACCCUCACCGUUUUUGCAAAGACCCCCUUCCCCGUCGCCUUACCGUGCAGCAUCCCCAGUAGAGGAGCCAAGUUCGCAAGAUGCAACAGACUCGUCCCCAAGCAAGCCUGAGACCCUGGUCCAGAGGGAAAUACGUCUUGCCAAGGAACGGGAGGCAGAACUCCAGAAAGAGCGUGCUGCCACCAAACCAAGCACGGAUCUCAAGAAAGCCUUUGAUGCGGACAUUCCUGAUGUGGUCAUUGUUGAGAAGACUCAGAAGGAGAAGUCACACGUCACUGAGAGCUCACUAGUCACCGAGAGCUCACAGGUCACUGAGAAGAUACAGGUUUCUGAGAGGUCAAGUUCCGUGUCAUCACCAGAGCAGGAGGUUGUCGUUCUUAGAAGAAGGAGGGAAACACCGAUGGAGAGGGACAUCCGAUUGGCAGAGGAGAGAGAAAUGACGCUCCGAAAGGAAAGAGGUUUAUCUCUCAAACGAUCCACUAACACACCCACCAGCCAAGCUGGCCGUACUAAACCACCAAAUGCCCACAAUCCCCGGCCCACCUCUCAAAACUUCCCCGACUCCACCUACAACCUCAAAACCGUCAACUAUUACAUAGAAAAAGAGUUUGAGGAGGAAAGGCGUCGCGAACUGGCGCUUAAGGUGGAAGGGAAAAUCAAAACGGUGUCGCAGUAUGAAGACGAAACGUCGAAUGAUACAGAAGCAACUCUGAGUCCGGUAAAGUCCAACACUGAGACGCUCAUUGAGCAGGAGAUACGUCUCCAGCAAGAAAGAGAGGACCAAUACCGGCGGGAGAAGGGUCUGGCAACACCCACCUCACCAAGGCUGACAGAACAGGGAGCAGACGGGGUGCCAGAUGGAGAGGCCAAGGAUGCCACUGCCACAGAACAGGCCGCAACGUCAUCUGCAAGCUCUGAGACACCGAUGCCCAAGUACCGACCGCAGAGACGAAGCCUCAUCAUGGCGCAGCAAUGGGAGGACAUGUUCAAGUAACUCCUACCACACUAAAGAUGCUCAUCAUCAGGGAUGUAGUCCAGACCAUCACACGUCCAUCACAAGUCCAUCACAAGUCCCUGCAAGUCCAUCACAAGUCCCUGUAAAUCCAUCAC